AUGAGCACCACAUACGGCGACGAUGCCAUUGACGUCGACAUUCCUGACGCGCCUCCCGCGCCCUUUCCUCGCGCCGAAACCGCCCACAUGAACGACGAUUCCGCCGGCCCCGGCGCCGCCGACGACGACGAUCCCAUCACCGCCUCGUACCCCGUAUUCCUGAACCCCGCGCUGCCGCUGGGCCGCCGCCUGCUGGUGCUGCAGCAGCCGAACCGAACCGACGAGAACGGCGGGGCGCGGGCGCCUCCCUCGGAGCUGCGGCUCAAGGCCGUGUCAGGCAUGGUCGAGGUGGACAUGCCGCUCGACUACAACGAGGCGUACGACCGCGACAAGGGCCUGCGCUGGGGACGCACGCUGCAGACGUCGAUGGCGGCCAAGAAUGGCGGCAGCCAUGGCCUCGCGGGUGGAUUCGGCUUUGGCGCGGUGCAGCAGCGCGGGAGCGGUGCUGCUGCUGCUGGGCGGAGGAGGAACGAGGUGGAUGCGGAGGAUCUGAUUGACUGGAAUGAGGCGAUUCGGCAGGACAAGGUGCUGAGGACGCAGACGCUGGGAGGGCAGUACCCGGACGCGGACGAGGUGCAGUACAUGGUUGGGGUUUUUCAAGGCAAUGAUUUGCACCUGACGCCCGUCUCGUCACUAGUGCACCUCCGGCCGCAGCUGCACCACCUCGACGCCGCCACGCAGCAGGAGCGUCAGGCCGCGGCCAAGGAAGCCGGUGCGGGUGGUGCGGGCGGAACAGGCUCCGGUGGCGCCGGAGGCACCGGCGGUCCCGGGGCUGGCGGUCCCGGCCCGCGCGCCAUCCACAUGAGUAUCAAGACGACGGCCGACGGCGAGACGGUGACGACGGAGACGAUUGCCGACCGCCUGCGCUCCGUGCAGGGCGAGCCCUGGCGCAAGAUGCGCUACACCGACGAAAACGAAGAGGCCGCGUGGGAGGUGUACAACGAGAGCCUGUUCCUCAACGCCAAGCACAACAAUAACACAACAGCCACCGAGACGACGUCAGGCAAGAAGAAGGCGGCCGAGGAUCUGCCGCCGCCACAAGAAUCGCUAGAAGGCGCCGUGUCGACUUUUGCGUCCAAGUGGGGGAGCGACCAGCUACUCGAGGCCGUCAGCGGCAUCAAGAAGCCGGAGCCCGUCGUUAUGGUGCCGCCUCCGGCCAAGGUGGCAGAGGCAAAGGCGGCCGAGGCAAAAGCGAAGCUGGACGCCAAGGAGAAGCAGACGGCCGAGGCGCAGACCGCGGCGGCGGCGGCGGCGGAAGAGACGAGGAGGCCAAAAAGAGCUCCUCGAGGCGGUGGUGGGUUGGGCACGGCCAAGCGUACGACUAGGGCCAAGUAG